UUUAUAAAAAAGUACGUUCAAUAUGGAAGACGGACCUUCGAUCCGAGACUACAUACAACAGAGAAAGAAAAAUGGGAUGACAUGGGAAGACUUUAGAAAACUGAAAGAAGAAAAGGAAGGCCCAGGUGUAUCAGAAGAAGCCAUGAGGAAGUAUCGAAAACAACUGGAUGCAGAAAGGGAAGCCAAACUAGCUGGUGGAAAAAAGCGAUCCAAGUCUGACAAAAAGAAAAAGAAGAAAUCCAAACAUAAGAAACGACAUCGACAUGAUACUUCUGACGAUGAAUCAAGCGAUGAUGACUCAAGGGAACGUUAUUCGCGACAUAGAAGAAAACGACGACAUAAUAGUCGAUCAAUAUCACCAAGACGAUCUGAAGAACAUGAAUCAAGAAAGGAAAGAAAUAGUCGUGAUGAAGAUAGGGAAAGAUCACCAAGGCGGCAUCAAAAGGAUAGGACAUCAACUACUCGCUCUCGCUCUUCCUCGUUUGAUAAUAGUUCAACAGAAAAAUCCUAGUAUAGAUCUUAUAUUUAUUAUUUGUUUUAUUUAAUAAAUGAAUUCAUUCCUUUUU